GAAGCCAGUUGAAAUAGAUGUGUAGGUGGAAGAGCACACGUCCUUCUCAGAAACUUUUAAAUUACGUAUUUAAAUACGAAACCAUGCACUAACUUUUUGUGGCAAGCACAUUACUUAAAGUGAGUUAUUCUGGAUGGAAAUAAACAUUGAACUUGUAAUAUUGUUUUAUGAAAAGUGAAAUAUCGGGUAUAUAAAAAAUAAUUUAUGAAUGACUGAAUGUUAUUUAAAAAAUACUUGUUUUAUAGAAGAAAGUGUUAAAUCAUCUUCAAGAUGUCUAAAAACAUUUACUUAUGCUGUUUACUUGUUAUCGCCAUGCUGAGUGCAGCCGCAGGAGCUGUCAAAGGCCACUGCAAUCGUGAAGAGGACCUACUGCAGAGAUGUUCGAUGGCCCUGCCUGUGCUAAGUUCACCAGAAAUAUCGUUUGCGCUCACACGAGAGGAAUUGGACAAGAGUUGUGUAGAGCUUCGUAUGGGCAUCAAAUGUAUAGACAACUACACAAAUGUCUGCAUGGAAAAGCACGAACAAGUUGUAUUCCGCCGAAUCUACGCUGGCAUCACAGACGUGGUCCAAGAAUUAUGUACCAGAGGAAAGUAUCAGGACGAGUACUUGAAACACGCAGAUUGUGUCAAAAUGGUCAGGUCUGACUAUGAGACUUGCAGUAAGAACUAUGAACUGACGCUGAUGACGUUGGGCAGUCAUCAGCAAGGAGAUCAGUACCAGACUGAUCAGACGGGACUCGUUACUACCCAUGAGGAUCACCUUAGAACUGUUUGUUGUUCAUUCCAAGAGUACCUGAUGUGCUCCGAAGAAACCGUGCAGAGGUCCUGUGGCGACGAAGCGGCCUUAUUCACUAGCGCUUUCCUUAAGAGGAUGGCGUCUAAUAUCAUUAAGAAUUUCUGCUUCGAAUACAACAGGCAAGAAUGCGGUUUACCCGACAAGGGAUCGCACCUCCUCCAUAGUGUUCUUUUAAUCAGUGCUGCCACUCUCACGCACUUAGCAUUUUAUGCAACUGAUAACUUCGUCGCCACGUAAGUUUUUCGUGCAAGGAACAAUAUAGAAUUUGAAUUUAGAACGCUGUGCGGUGUGCAAUUGCCAGUAACAAGUUUGUCAAUGACUGAUGCAAUGUGUAAUGAACCGUAAGACAUGAAUGCGGGUGAGUGUUGGAGUUCCUCGGUUAUAAACCUGAUAGAAACUAUUUAUUGUAGUUAUUAUAGAUUAUAAUCUCAUUGUUUUACGCCUUUUUCGUCGUCCAUUGUAAAUUGUGUAAGUAGUAAAUUAUGAACACUGAGUGUUUUAUGUAAAUAAUUUCACUGCGUUGUUGCCAAAUAAUUGUAGUCAUUGAUAUUUGUAGAUUUAUUUUUAUAUUUUUAACAUUAUUACCCGGCUAUGACAUAAGGAAAUGAAGCAUCCAUAGUGUCUAUCAAUGUAAGACAAAUUGUUUGUACUUAUUAAUGUUACCAUUGAUUGACUAUAAAAUAUAAGUUUCAUAAAUUUUUUAAAAGAACGUUCUUUCCUUAAUAACAUCAGUGGUCGGGGUCAAAUGGAUCAAUAUGUUUAUGGUAUCGUUUUUAUGGUAUUAAUUUAAGAGCUGCAAAAAGUACAGACACUUAAAAUUGCUCAAUAAAACAUAAAAAAGGCAUUCUCUUUUGAAAUUACCAGAUUGAAUUAAUAUGUCUAAUAAUGAUGAAUUUAUGAAAUUAUUAAAUGUUAAUUUGUUACUAUAUAUGUAUAAAUAAUUACUGUAUAUUUACGUGUAGAUAUACUAUAUAGCUUGUAGAUAAUAUUUUAUAAGGAUGUCAGUCUUUAUAUUAAGCUCAGAACAUCCUGUGAUAGAUUAUAAGUAGUAGCAUUGUGUCAACGUUUUGUACAUAACCCUUCUUCCAAGUUGGUUUAAAAUCUACUAUGGUACAACCAUCGACAAUAGUGCAAAACCUUUUUACUCAAACUCAUAACGUACUUACACUUAGGUGCAAUGAAUCAGGGAACACAGUGAUAUUUAUAACUAAAUACGACGAUGUAUGAAUAUCUAAGGUAAGAUUUUUGCAACUGAUCAGUAUUUAUUGCUCGUCAGUGUAAAUACGUGACUGAAAACUGCCGAUGCCUACUAGGUAUACUUAUUUUCAAUUUUGUCGAUGGCUGUACCUUCGAAACCGUCUUUUAUUAUUACGAAAACUUUAUUCAUUUGUUAUUUAUUUAUGUAGUUUCAUCAUUGUUUUAUUAAUUAUGAUAAUUUUAGUCAUUCCUUGUGUAGUUUUGUAUUUUUUUUUAUGGACGUGGAAAAAGUAGGAUAAGCGAACAUAUGGAAAAAAUAUGUCAACACAAAAUCGUAAAUACCUUAAGCGUUGCUACUACAAAGUACCCAUAGCAAUCAUUAAAACAACUUUUGACAUAAAAACUAGUUUGUCAACAUGUGCCUAAUUUAAUAAAACUUUUGGCAGCUAAUUGCUUUAUAUACUUACUACUAUCAAUAUACUCUUAAUUAUAAAUUAAUUUUAUAUUUACUAUAUUCUCCGCGUUAUCUAAAUAUCCUUGGAAAAUAUUACAAUGAAUUAUAUUUUACUUUAUAGAUGUUAAAAGUUGUGUACAGUUGAUUGAACUUUAAUUUCAAUUGUUAUAUUGUGUCAAAUAUGUUACUUAUAUUAUAAUGUAAUUUAAAAGUUAGGUAGCUUUGCGCUUAUUAUUUAAAAAAAAUAUAUGAGUGAUUUUAAAGGGUUUAGGGUACCUAAGACGAGAGAGAAAGAGGAGGAAAAAUGUUUUACCAUAUCUAGAAAAUUAUUUAGCCAAUCUCUUCCCAAUUUUCUUCGAUUUGUAAGGCAGGUAAACCCAAAUAGAUAUAAAAUAUCUACAUAUCAUUACCUCUAUGAUUUUUGUAGAUCUGUCUAAGUGUAAGGACUAAAGUGCAUUGUUUUUUCGAAAAAGGUAAAGUAUCCAUUGAUAUAUCAUACAAAGAAUAGAAAGUAAGGUAUAAACGCUGUCGCAAUUUUUGAGUACUUAUAUCUUUUUACUUUUUAUUUUAUGCAAUAAAAUAUGACUUCUUAAUGAGCAUAAACUUGCAAAUUUUUAUUAAGUACCAGAAAAGUAAAAGCUAAUGUAGGUACUUAUACCAUGAUUACAUUUUACAUAUAUAAUUUUAUAUCUUUUUCUGACGAAUUCACUGUACUUACUUACCUUAGGUACCUUCUUUAAAUUUUGCUUAUGUGGGCAAAUAGAUCCCAAUCAAUGGAUACUGUACCUUAAUUCGUCAAUGAUAUUGUUAAUGAUUGAGUAUUUUACUACGUAAUAGUAUACUCGUAUCUUAUAAUUAGGCGAUGGAUGUAAAAGACAUAGUCUUUUAGAGAUUAUUCAUUUAUGAAAAUAAAUGAGUUGAGAAUUGGAA